UAUUCUGUUCUUGAUUUGUGGCGGUUUAGUUUAUGUAUACUUCGAUAACUGAUUUUAUCUUCUUUUUUUUUUUUUUUUUUUUCAAUCUUAAAAUAUUUUCAGCUGAAAAGAAAAUGGAGUACUAGAUCGAUUCAGCUUUUCUCUUUAGAUGAACAUUUUUAUUUUAUUUUAUUAUGAAGUUUAGGUUAGGAUUAAUCGAGAAAUAUGGCCGAGGGAAAUGUUGGAAUAGCUAAGGAUGUAACUGAAUUGAUUGGUAACACUCCUUUGGUAUACUUGAACAAAAUUACCGAGGGUUGUGUUGCGCGUGUCGCGGCCAAGCUGGAGUCGAUGGAACCGUGCUCUAGUGUCAAGGAUAGGAUUGCAUAUAGUAUGAUUACAGAUGCGGAAGAAAAAGGGCUUAUCACACCAGGAGAGAGUGUCCUCAUUGAACCUACGAGUGGAAAUACCGGUAUAGGCUUGGCGUUCAUUGCAGCCGCCAAAGGCUACAAGCUCAUCAUUACCAUGCCUGCUUCCAUGAGUCUUGAACGCAGAAUAGUUCUCCGUGCUUUUGGUGCUGAGUUGGUGCUCACAGAUCCCGCUAAGGGAAUGAAAGGUGCCGUUGCGAAGGCUGAGGAGAUACGGGAUAAGACACCCAACUCCUACAUCUUUCAGCAGUUCGAAAAUCCGGCCAACCCAAAGAUACACUAUGAAACCACCGGGCCUGAGCUCUGGAAAGGAACAAAUGGAAAAAUUGAUGGGUUCGUCUCUGGAAUUGGCACGGGGGGCACUAUUACGGGUGCAGGAAAAUAUCUUAAAGAACAAAACCCCAAGAUAAAGCUGUAUGGUGUCGAACCAAGUGAAAGUGCUAUUCUUUCCGGAGGGAAGCCUGGUCCACACAAAAUCCAAGGAGUUGGUGCUGGUUUUAUCCCUGGCGUUCUAGACGUUGAUCUCAUCGAUGAAGUAGUUCAAGUUUCAAGCGAAGAAGCGAUAGAGACUGCUAAGCUUCUUGCAUUGAAAGAGGGGUUGUUGGUUGGGAUAUCAUCCGGUGCAGCAGCAGCAUCUGCUAUCAAGCUUGCGAAACGUCCUGAAAAUGCUGGAAAGCUCAUUGUUGCCCUUUUCCCUAGCUUUGGGGAGCGAUAUCUUUCUUCCGUGCUCUUUGAAACGAUCAGGAAAGAGGUCGAGAACCAGCCCAUCGAGCAGUGAACAGACUCCCGUGCUACGCUCCAACCACCUUAACGGCGCUACACUCUCUGAUAUGGCGAUGGAAUAAUGGACGACACGACACCGGUUUGUCUCUGUUUCGGUUUCUUGCUUCUCACCUUCACUUUCUGUGAGAGCUGUACCUCAUUUCUACCCAGUUGCAAUUGAAUCUGUUUUGUUUUUGUGAA